AGUUCAUAUACACCGAAAGAACGAGUACGUCACGGAAAAGAUUACUAAAGAUACUACCAAGUACCAACUGGUCGGAAGUCUCAUAAAAUAUCUGCCUAGAGUCAUCGUAGACUCACAAUAUCUAAUUUGCAGUUACGAUGUUUGCAGGCUGGAGGAAAUUAGUAGGUGCUGUGCAUACAAACAGACCAAUACAACGGUGCCUGUUGCACAGCGGAAAAUUGCGCUGCACACUUUCCCCUCAAAUCACACAGUUAAUCCGUGGCAAAGUGAAGGAAGUGGAAUCUGAAAAGCAAAUUGGCAAACGGCGUAACCUGGACGGCAGUCCUUGGAAAUUGAAUCUGGUCGCUAAACAAAUCAGAGGUUUACCUGUCUUAGACGCUAUCAACCAGAUGACUUUUUCCGGGAAGAAAGCAUCUCAAGACGUUAAAAGUGUACUAUAUAAUACAAUGCAAGCCGCUAAUCAUAACAAAGGACUGGAAGCGAAGAAUCUUAUCGUGUCACAAUGCCACGUAGGAAAGGGCACUUAUCGCAGGAAGCUUCGAUAUCAAGGCAAGGGAAGCAUGUCGCUGAUGCAGAUCAAACAUUCACACCUUUAUGUGGAGUUGAAGGAGGGAGAGCAGAAGAAGAAGCGCGAGACGCGAAUGAUGCGGCGGCUAAAGAAGCACGAAAAUGCACGAAAACCAAAGAAAAUACGAUCCGCUCUUAUGUGAUCAGGUGGUGCCACAGUUCGUAUCUGAAUAAUAAAGCUAGACGCGAACGUCAAAAGAUACUUUGUAAGUGUGCGUCCUUACAGCAAUUAUG